UCCUCUUUGGUGGUGAUUAUCUGUCUGUCUGUCCUCCAGUGUCUCUGUCUGUCAGUCCAAACCUUCAGCAGGUCUUCAGUGGAUCUUCUUCAGUGUCUCUGAGUUGUGUUGAUGAUGGACAGACAGCUGAUGGAUGGACAGUGAAGAUGACCAGCGGAGGUCCCACUGAGGACUGUGGAGCAGCUGAGAUGAGUGGAAGUUUGUGCGUUUUGGAUCGUAACUCGUCCUACAGUGGAACCUUCUGGUGUGAAAGCUCAUCUGGACAGCAGAGCGAUGAAGUGUCCAUCAGUGUUUCAGAAAAAGGUGUGAUCCUGGAGAUCCCUGCACUUCCUGUGAGACCAGGAAGUGAUGUUACUCUGCAAUGCAAGAAGAAGAGUGGUGAAACAGUUCCAUCGUUUUUCUUCAUGAAUGGACGUCUCCUUGGGUCUAAAGCAGAACACGUUAUCCCUAAUGUCAGGCACUCUGAUGAAGGUCUCUACUGGUGCGCUUCUAACACAUUUGGAUCAUCUCCUCAGAGCUUUCUGAGGGUCCGAGGGUCCCCUAUAACUACUCUCAGAAAGUCCGUCCCUCCACCUCCAGUUUCUGAGGCCAGUUCUUCUCUGUCCACUCUUCCUCCUCUCACCAACUCUUCCUCCCCUUCUUCUCCCUCUGUGUCUUGGAUCAGAGUUAUCUGCCACCUGUUGGCCUUCUGCCCGUACUGCAUCUGCACCAUCCUGCUCCUGUCCAUCUGCUGCAGCAGGAGCUCAGGUAACAAACAUGCUGUCUCCAUGGAGAUGCCAUUGGAUGUUGACGAGCAUGAUGACACCACUGAGCAUUAUGUUUGAGCGGAUGGAUCCUCUGAUAGAAUUAAAUGUUUUUAAAGCUGAAAACUCUGAAGUCCUCACUCUGAGUUUCUCAAUCAGAACCUGAUCUGUUCACUGAUCGAUCAAUAACCCUCAAACUACUGAUGAAUUACUGAAUUAUUGGAUGAAAGCUUUGUUUGACAUUGUUAGCAUCUUCAAACAUUGAAAUCUCUGUGCACCUCUCUCAAGUUAUUUACUGCAUUUCAUUUAUUUACCACUGAUUCCCAACCUUUGGGAGCCGCGGCACAUAUUUCACAUUAGAAAAAUCACACCACCAACAAAAAUAUCACAGAAAGUAUAUUGAUAGUUUUUCCCUGCACAUCAGGUACAGUGGUAUUGGCUCGGUUUGUCCCCAGUGUACCUGUUGUACUUUCUUCUGACCAGUACUCAUGCUAGGACCUUCAUCUGCGUCUGAGUUUUCUCCAGGACCAGGUCCGAUUGUUUUACUGCCAGUUGGCAACUCAUUUAAAUAGAGCUGGUAGUUGUACUGCCCUCUAGUGGAAGAGAAUGUAAUUGUUCCACCCGUUACUCGAUUACUUCGAGGACUAAUCAGGUGGAACCAGAUAAUCGUCCACGGCACACCUGAUCAUUUCUCAGGGCCCACCUAUGUGCUGCGCCACAGUGGUAGGGAGACACUGGGACAUAUGGUAUCAAACACUGGGAGCGUUCGCCGGCGUUUUACAGAAUGAUGGUGAAAGAAAUGGUUGAUGCACUUUGAGUUCUUCAGCUUUGUUAAGGUUUUAUUUUAAUCAGCAGGAGAAAAAAAGCCAUGUAGUUUUAGGAGAUUGUCAUAUUUAUUACCAAUCCCAGGUUUCUGCCACGGCUGACUAAAUACAGUCAAUCCAGCAGUGUGCACGACCUCUUUAAAAAAAUGAUAUUUCAACGCUCAGAUCCAUGAAUUUUCAGUUCCAUGGAUAAAACGAUAAAAUUAAACCAGAUUGUAUUCCAUUAAGAUUCCAAAUGACAGUUUUUUACUUUCAUCCCUGAAGAGGAACUUUGUGUUUUUGAGUUUUUUUGAGAUGUCCAGUGUGUCGGCUCAAAUUUGGAUUUAUAAAAAACAGAUUCAGGUUCCAAAAGGUAAAACAGGGAGAACUCAGCAAAAACGAGGGUUAGAUGGCAGGAGGUUUAAUAAGUGUGUUGAUCAGUGUUUGUGGAAGCUCCGACAGAGUUAGUUCAGUUCUGAAACUUUACUGUGGCCUCACAGCUCUUCUUCUACUGUGUCAUUGAAGAACCUUCAAACUCUCUGAGCUGGUUUUCCUCCUCAGCCCUGUUUGAUGACAGAAAGCACCAAACUGUGUCCUAAUCUCACUUCAUUAUUUAUCAACUUGUUUCUUUACUAACCAACAAAUUAUUUGAACAUGUCAGCAAAUAGCAGAUUGUAGAAAAGCAAAAUAAUAACUUUAACUCCAAGUGUCUCAUAUUUGAUGCGUGAGUUUUUCACACUUCUACAUCGUCAUUUUACAUUUUACACAAUAACCUGCUGGAUGCAGCAAAUGUGAUACAAAUUAAAACUCACAUAUGCAAAUGAAUGUUACAUUUUUAAGUUCU